AACAGUGCAAACUUUCACGAGCUUCUUGCAAUUAAACGGGUGCGCACAGGUGCAAGUGGCGUAAGACUGACUUUCUUGGUGUCUUUCGGUGUUCGCGAGUUUUUAAAUCGGUGAAAGCACCGAUUCUGCAAUGUCGACUGCUUCGCCAAAGAAAAGGGGCUCCACCAGCCGAAUCGCAUCGUCUCAAGGGAUACAAAACAAAGAAACGGCAUCACUGGUGGCCAGCGGCUCAGAGGGUCUUGGGGAAGGUAAAAGGGCCAAAUUUCCGAUCUGGCCCGAGUGGAGCGACGCGGAGGUCAACGCCGAGAAGUGGGAAGCCGCCAAGGGGUCCAAAGAUGGAAAAGCAGGGAAAAGCCCGUUUGUCCCGUUCUUCGAAGACCCCGAGGGGAAGAUUGAGCUGCCCCCAUCUCUGAAAGUUCACUCGUGGAAACGCCCUCUGGAAUACAUACUCGCGAAGGCUCCUGUUGUGGUGGAGAAUGAAACUGCCUUUGACCUUGUGUCAGCAAACGAGCAUCUGCUUUCAAGUGAGCUUUUAAGAUGGAUAAUCAGCGAAAUAUGCAUCGUUUGGACCACCUGUAACGGGAGCACUGCCGUGGACAGGAGGGUUUCUCCUGAGCCACCCAGCCAGGGGUGGAGACCAUGGGAGCACAUCUACUCGCUAUGCAAAGUCGCCAAGGGCCACGUGCCCCUCUACAACGCCUAUGGGAAGUACGUGGUCAAGCUGUACUGGAUGGGCUGCUGGAGGAAGAUCACGGUGGACGACGCCCUGCCUUUCGACGAGCAGAACAACAUGCUUCUCCCUGCUACGACCGUCCAGGCAGAGCUGUGGCCCAUGCUGCUGGCUAAAGCCAUCAUUAAGCUCGCAAACACAGAUGUCGGCCUGCAUCGCUGGAGGGAGCUGGGAGACUUCACUGUCACGCACGCGCUCACUGGCUGGAUCCCCGAACUUAUCCCCCUACAGUCGCGGUACAUCGGUAAAGUUUGGGAUUUCCUGCGGGGAACGAUCCCGGAGUUCCAGCCCGCGGAGGAGGACGGCGGCGAGGAGAGGCCGUCGCCGAAAGACUCGGAAUCCCGGGCCGAGUCCCGAGUCCAGAACGAAAGCGCGAGCGAAUCGCCCAUGGCAACCAAAACCCCAGAGAGAACGCGAGAUUCAGCCAAGCGGAGGGGCAAAGACUUGGACAGAGACAGAAAAUCCUCCCUGGCCAACCGGCCUGCUUCCAUUCAGCCUGAUGCAGUGAACCUGCCGAACGAGGAAAGUAAGCAGCCGCUGGUCCCUCAGAUGAUAAUCUGUGCCAGCUAUCAGCCUCUACACCUCUCAGAAGAGAAGACUUCAGUCCUGGGUCAGAUGGCCGACUCCUCAGAGAAGCUACGUCGCUACGGGCUGUCCCAGUUACACAGCCACCCGGUCCUGCUGACCCGAACGCGGGCCUGUCCCCUCAACGCCCCUCCCAAACCUCCCCCCGUCCCCAGCUGGAAGCUCGUCCGCCCCCGGAAAGAGGGUAACCCGACUGACGAGCCCAAAGAAGCCCCUGUGGUGAAGCCGGACCAGUUUGUCGAGGUUUCCAGCCUGUUUCUGAGUUAUAGCCUGGUGGCCAUCCCCACACCUCCAGAUCUGGAGGAGCAGCAGCAGCAGCAGGGGUCCCAGCUCAGACGGGCGUGCAGCUCCUCGCUGGCGUCCUGCGUCGAGGCGGGGGACGAGGGUGAGGGCGUCCGGGUCGCGGGCAGCGCGGAGGCCGCGGGGCGUGGCACGGUUUCGCCGGGCGCCGUGGAUACCGCAGCGGUGACAGCAGAGGACAAGGCGAACCGCGACGGAAUCGCCGACGGUGAGAUCGUCCGUGUGCCUGUUAACGUCCAGGAAGUACCCGAAUCGCCGCAGGAGACAGAGAAACCCAAACAAGGCGCGGGACCGACCCCCCCACUAGAGAAGUCCCAGGACGUCCCUGUGCUGGAGAGACCUGUGCUUCGGGAGACCUGGAUCGACUUGGAUGAUCUGUGCACGUGUUUCCAGACUCUGAUGAUUUUUCACAAGCCGAACACGUACGCCCAUCAGGCCCAGAAGUCCCACGUGAAGAACGGUGCUAAGACCGCAGCGGGUGGGGCGGCAGUGUUCCCCGGGACGGCCCGGCAGCAGGGCUCCUCGGUCGCACCUGCUCCAGGGAACGCGCAGGCAGCGGACGAGACGGGCGCUCACUUCCUGUUUGUGGACAGUCUGACGGCCACAGAAAUCUUAACCAGCUUCUCCGCACUGCUGCACUGGGGAGAGACUGCUGAUGAAGAGAAGGACCCGUCUGCGUUUCGCCCGGCGUCGCUGGCGGCCGAGCCGUUCUCGUGGAAGAGCGCCCGCUUCCGCCUGCCGGUCCUGACCGUGCAGACCACCUGCGCCAAAGCGGCCGUCCUCUGCCUCCCCCCCGGGCGGCACGUCCUGCGCUUCACCCCGAGGGCUCCGCUGGGCUGCCACGUCCACCUGUGCAGCACCACGCCCUUCGUCUUCGGCGACGAGGAGAGCGUCAUGCCACACCUGGACAAGGAGAGCCUGCGUUUCACCGAGCAGGCCGCGGGGAUCCUGCGGGCCCUGGGCAGAGUGGCGAACGCCUUCGCCGACGAGCGGGAACUUCCGGCAGCCAUGGCGGAGCUGGACUCCGCUCACUGCCCCCCCUCGCUGCGCGCCUCCCCCGAGGUCAAAGGGCACUUUGAGGUGUUUAACGAGGGGCUGCUCCACGUGAUGACCUCAGCGCUGGGGCGGGGCCUCGCCCCGGAGGAGGUGCACGCGCUCCGAGCCCUCACGCGCGACCCCUCCCUGGGGCAGGGAGGGAGGGAGGACACCUGUGCAGGCCCAGCGACAGAAACGCCGGAGACGUGGACAAACAGAGAUCCCACAGAGACGGAGAACAUGGCCGCCACCAUGCUGCAGGCUACCUGGAAAGGCUUUCACACCCGCCAGGUCCAGAACGCCACCAGAGCAGGCACACAGGAGAAUAUGAAGGUUUCUGAAACGCUGCAGAAGCUGUGGGCAGCUGUGGAACCCAAUGCAGAAAAACACGCCGUGUCUUUGUUAAGAUACAUUUUCUCCAACAGCCCGAAGUCCGCGGAACACUACCCUUGCCACGGCGACGAGGAGACCAGGGUUCCGUUCAAGGACUAUUCCGUGACAUUCCCGGAUCAGCCGAGCAAUUCCUGGUUCCUGGUCUUUAGGGAGGUGUUUCAUGUCCCUAAGGACAUGCUGGUGGUGCCCAAGGUCUACUCUCCGGUUCCUGGCUGCGUGCUGCACGUCAUCGAUAACGACAGCGGCGAAGAGGUGCCAAGGAUCUUUCAGACGGUGGAGCCUCACGUGUACGAGCAGAACCAGGGAGGCUACACCUUCGUCACCGAGGCCCACACCAGAGACGCGCCUGUCCCGGGCGGGCGGUGGAGGCUCCGCCUCAUCGGGUCACAUGACCUCCUGCCCUCCCUCGGCCGGGAUGCUCCGCAGGGCAGCUUUUGCGUCCGAGAGUUUCGGGAUUACUACGUCCCCAACGACAAGAACGUCCUCUGCAGGUUCUCCGUGAAGGUGACGGCGGACCACGUGAGCACCGUCCAGGUCCAGACGUCCAAUCCGGGCGUCUACGUCCGGCUGGCGGUCCUGGACCGUGAGCUGGAGGUCGCCGGCGCCACCGGGAAGGGGAGCGUCGUGAUCCCGGCGUUCCGGUUCUUAUCCGACGGGCGGCCCGGCCCGCCCCCCAGCGACAGCAGCGGGUCCGGCGGCGGCCAGGGAGACGCGGGGCCGACAGCCGCUCCCCCGGGCGGGGGGGCGGGGGAGAGCGGCGACAAGCAGCCCGCGGAGACGGCGGGCCACAAGUACAUCGUCCAGGCCGAGGUGUUGCACAGGAGCUGGCCCCUCGACGCGUCCCAGAAUGCCUUUGUGCAGGCGCUCAGAGACGCCGAGCGAAACGACUCCAAAGUUUCCAUGGAGAAGCAGGAGGACACGCCCACGUCCGUCAGCGCGGAGACGCAGAGCGGCGACAGCCAGAAGUGCGCCACGCCCAAGUCCACCCGCAAGGGCAAGGAGAAGGAGAAGGAGAAGGAGAAGGAGAAGGAGAAGGAGAAGCCUGCCGCCAAACCCGGCUCCAGACAGGAGGCUCAGACCCUGGACGCCAGCAGGCCGCAGUGGGCCCUGCGGCUGGUCUGUGACCAUGGCGACGGCGAGGCGGCGGAGGUGAGGAAGGACACGGAGAGGGCGGACCAGAUCAGAGCCAUACAGCAGGCCUGGGAGAGAGCCGAGCCAGGGAGGGCCGUCAAGGCCAUGCAGGCCCGGCUGCAGUUCAUCAACAAGACCCUGCGCCGAGACGCCGCCGCCGCCGCCGAGCCUGCGCAGGAGGCGGAGCCAGCCGUCGCCACGGCAGCGGAGGAGGGCGAUGAAACGGCUGCCCCGCCUGCAGAUCCAGAUGUUCCUCCAAACGCCUCCACUCAGAGGGAAGAGCACCAGCCGACCUUCCAGCACCCCAUGGACCUUACCCCCUUUAUCAGGAGGCAGAGGGAGGAGCCCGUGCUGAAGGACGUCUCCGUGGAGGAGGCGCAGCGGCGGGAGAAGGCGGAGCGGAUCCAGGGCUUCCGGCUGAUCCGAGACACCAUCCUGGAGCGCCGGGAGGAGGAGCGGGUCUCCCGGGAGCAGCUCAAGAGGCGCCACCUGGACCUGUACGAGGGCCUGCAGAUGGCCCUGGACCAGCAGAGGAGGCGGAUCCUCCAGGCCCGGGAGGCGUACUGGGGCCGGAUUCUGGAGGCGGAGCUAAAGAGGGAGGGGGCGGAGUCAGCGCUGGAGGCGGAGCGAGAGAAGACCACGCCUCAGCCCCAGGUGACCAGUCGCAAACAGCUGAAGAGCGCCGGCAAGAAGAAGUGACACGCCCUCCGCCUUCCCAUCAUGCCCUGCGCCCACAGGGGGCUCUGUUAGGGGCGGCACUAUAGUAUAAUGGCUAAGGAGUUGGUCUUGUAGCCUAAAGGUCGCAGGUUCGGUUCCCCGGUAGGACACUGCUGUUGCACCCUUGAGCCAGGUACUUAACCUGCAUUGCUUCAGUAUGUAUCCAGCUGUAUAACUGGAUACAAUGUAAGUCGCUCUGGAUAAGAGCGUCUGCUAAAUGCCUUUAAAGUAAUGUUAGGCACCUCAGACUUUACUUAGUUUUACUUCGAGCGGGGAUACUCAGAUCCAGCCCUGGACGCCAGCAGCACUGCCAGUUGUCAUUAUUCCCCACCAAUCAGGAGCUGAAUUAAAUCCGGGGCAAAUCUCUGGCCAAUCAGUGCCAUUAAUCGAUAAGCUAACUAUCGGGUAGGAGAUAAUCAGUGGUACUACCGGCAUCGAGGGCCAGAUUGAAGUAUCCCUGACCUAGAUCACCUCAGUGACUGUGAAUUUCAGUGCCUUUUCUCCUAGACUUCUCGCACCCUGUAACAAAGCAACACAAUAAACGCUAAAGGUAUGUCCUGUUUGCAUUUACAUUAAACAGAGGAUGCUAAGAUUCAACAGCUGAUAGUGGCAUUUGUUCUAUCUUAUCAAUCUCUAUAUAUGCAUGUAGCAUCAGUGGUAAGUGGCAGAAUUAGACCUCUAAUAAAACUGUACAUUUUUA